CGAGAGGCUUCGUGAGACUAUGAAAGAUAUGAAAAUUGUCAAGGAUAAAGUCCAACAGAAGCACUUGGAGCAUGAGCAAGAGAUGAAGUACCAGGAGGAUUUUUUCCAUAGUCAAAUUGAGAGUAUUCACAAGAUCACAGAGGCUAAAGAAAAGGAGUUUGAGAAGUUGCUGCAGGAGGAGCGCUCGAAGGCUAGGCGCUUUGAUGUGGAUUCUGGAACUACCGAAGAUCGCAGGCUAAGGAAGGAACAUGUGCAGAAGUUCAUCGACGGCCAGGUGAAGGAUGUGGCGGAGUUUGAGGCUGAGCGGGACGAGCUGAUCAAAGCCCACGAGGAGACGAAGAUGAAGCUCAAGAAAGAGUACAUGGAGAAGGAGGUUGAGCUGGAGAAGGAGCUGGACGCUGCCCUGACAAGCCUGAUGGAGAAGCACAAGCCGGACACCUUCCAGGCCUCCAGCUCGUGAAGAGCAAGCUCCCUCAGCUUACCUUUGGGUUCCCCGCUCAGAACCAAUCUCGUAGAUGUUGAUGCUCGGUAUGCAUAAACGAAUGCGUAGACAUUCCCUAGAUGUUCCGUAGAUGAUGCUAAAACAUGGUCCAUGUGGUGGCCGCGUACGUGAUCUGGAGACUUGAACCUGUGAACGCGUGAUAUGG